ACGGCGGCGCUUCCGGUCCCGCUGCCCUCCGCGAAGAUGGCGGCAGUGGAGAAGCGGCGGCCGGCCGUGGCUCCGGCGGCCAAUUUCACCGACAGCGGCCGGCCGGCGGGGCCCCGGGCAGCAGCCACGGCCGAGAGCGAGGAGGACUUCCUGCGGCAGGUCGGCGUGACGGAGAUGCUGCGCGCGGCUCUGCUGAAAGUGCUGGAGGCGCGGCCCGAGGAGCCGAUCGCCUUCCUGGCGCACUACUUCGAGAACAUGGGCCUGCGCUCGCCUGCAAACGGCGGCGCCGGGGAGCCGCCGGGCCAGCUCCUGCUGCAGCAGCAGCGCCUGGGCCGCGCGCUGUGGCACCUUCGCCUGGCUCAUCACUCCCAGAGGACGGCCUUCAACAACAAUGUUGGCGUGGCCUACGAGUGCCUGAGCGCCAGUGGGCGCAAGAAGAAGCCGGGGCUGGACGGGCGCACCUACAGCGAGCUGCUCAAACGCAUCUGCCGGGAUGGGGAGGCGCCCGAGGAGGUUGUGGCGCCUCUGCUGCACAAGAUCCAGUGCCGGGACCACGAGGCCGUGCCGCUGGGCGUCUUCCGCGCUGGCAUGCUCACCUGCUUCGUGCUCCUGGAGUUUGUGGCGCGGGCCGGCGCCCUCUACCAGCUGCUGGAGGACCCCGCCCUGGCUGUGGCUGACCGCCGCGUGGGCCAGGCCGUGCUGGACACCCUGGAGGGGGCCCUGCGGGCCAGCGACGAGGCUGCUGCGCCGGCCUGCUUCCUGGAGGCUGGCUCGCGCCUGGGCCCUGACAGCCUGGCGCUGGCCAUGGACCGUGCCUUGGUGGCUCGGCGGCCCAGCUCCCCCAUGACCCGGGAGGAGUUCCUGGAGAAGGCUGCCGCCCUCUUCAUAGCCAAGGUCAAGCCAGUGGGCUGAGCAACCACACACCUUCCGUGCCCCCUCCACCCAGGCAGCUGGAGGUGUGGCCACCUGCUGCUGGGCAGAGUGCAGGUCUGGGACCAGAACUGGGGUGCCCCUGCAUGCAGGGGGAGUGUGGGGAGCCUUCCUCACACCUGCCUUACAACCUGGAAUCACGCCCCAGCCCCUUCAGAGGGGAAGCCAAGGGUCCCAGGGAGUGGGUACCCCCUUCCCCCACCCCCACAAAGGCACCUCUCCUGGGCAGUAAUAAAGUCUGUGCUCAAGACUGA